AUGAAGGGCCGUCCCGUUGACCAGCUCGUUUACGAGUGCAUGUUCCCUCGCCCCAAGAGCAACGACCCCCUGAACUUCCACGCUCUACUCCAACGCAACUUGAUCCCAGAGGUUCGUCAGGAAACACACGCUUUCUACGGCCACCUCGACACCCAGGAAGCCAAGUACCCCGGCCUCGACUACACUCACCACACCCAUCGCAUUCGUCUCUCUCGCUGGCCAUGGCACCGACGACUCUUCCGCGCCUUCGACAGCCUCAAACUCACCGGGGCCGAAAUCGCAGGCUUGACCAAGUGGGAGGGAACAAAAUGGGCCAAGGAGAAGUACGAGAAGGAACAGGGAUAUGUUAUUCAUGACACCACCGCCGACGGUUUCCCUGACUGGGCCGAUAUCGAACACCUGCCCCGCGCCAACCGAGAUCAGUCCGUCGAGGUGGAAGGUGUUGCUAUUGACGAUCUGUACAACGAAAUGAUGGAGGUCGAGAGCGAGGACGAGCUGGAUAGUGUGGGUGUCGAACUGAACGAGCGCCUCAGGGACGGUGUUGCGAGACGCGACGCCGGAGACACUUCAGCGGUCCUCGACGAGGAAUGGGAGCAGUGGCUAAAGAACGCCAUUGAAUCUGGUGAAAUCAACUACCUAAACGACCACAUCUUUCACGACAGCGACACUGUCCCUGCAGCUCUCUUCCCUCCAGGCUUGCUCAGCACCGCCCGAGCUGGCCAAUGGCAUGAGAUCCCCGAAUCUCUUCACCGCAUCCUCCGCCGCACACUGCAGUCAGAGGACCCCAAUCGUCCCCAACAGACGCAGACGCCGAUGCAGACACUACCACAACCGCAACCACAGACAUCGAGCCUGCGCUCUACAUCCUCCCUGCGGCGCCACCUGAUUGACAACCGGCAGUGGCGUGCUCCGUGGACACGUCGCACCUUUUCAGAUCUCCGUCUGCCUGUGGGCGAUGCUAGUUCAGGACGAGCAGAUAAUUCCAAUGCUUGA